UUGACUUGACCGAUACGUGCGUGAAUUAUCACAGACACAUGCCUACGUGCGAUCGCUAGGAAGAUGACAAUUCGAAUGUGCUUCAGAGCGAACUGUGAGGCUAUGAUCACAGUUGAUUUGAAGUGUUGUGAGUGAGUGCGUGAAAAGACCCGUCUUGACUUGUUGCGUAAUCGGUGGUCAGUGAUUGUGCUACAUGUGCAACUCUUCGAUUAAAGCUUAACUUAAACUAUGUGGAUUAUUAUCACCUUGUCGUCCCCCCGAGAACGUUAUUGACUGCUUCUAUUUUGAAAAUAAUUACCUUGUAAAAUGGCACCAAAAUGAGGCACACUGUUAUCACUGGUAUUUGAAUAAAAUUUACAGCAAAAUACAGCAUUGGAUCAUCUGAAAUAAGACAUUCCAUAUAAUCAUGAAUGCAACAAUGACCUUUUGCCCACCAAACAUUACCCUCAAUGAAAUUUGGGUAAAUCAUGGCACUUCAAAAUGUUUCAUGGACACUGUCAGCACCUGUUUCAUAUCUUCGUAUCUCAUGAUAUUUGGGACAAUUCAAUUAUGGAUGUACAAAAAAUAUUCGACAGAAAUAAACGAAAAUUUACUGGGAAAAAGUACAUUGUACAAUGUUCAGAAAUUUGCCUUAUACUUCUUACCGUUUCUCAGCGUGGUUAGAAUAAUACUUCAAGCCACUGUAUUGGAUGAUAAAACAAUAUAUGGAUACAUGAUAUUAUCCACAGUUCUGACCGUCGUAAUUUAUCCAUAUUCAGUUCAUAUCCUGAGAGUCGAGCGCUACAAAUUAUUACCCAGUGUUCCAACUCGAGGUCAUGGAUUGGUACUACUAGGAUUCUGGACUCUAGCUUUCGUAUCGGAGAACUUAGUCUUCAUAAAUAUUGGUAGGCUGGAAUGGUGGUUCCACUUGAAUUCGUUGACUGACCAAAUAGAAAUGUCUCUAUUUGUAUUACGGUACGUCACUAGCUUGGUAAUUUUUGCAUUGGGACUGAAAGCUCCAGGAAUAACUGAUAUGGUUCAAAAUGAUUAUCGCACAAUCAAUGACAAUGCAAAUGUACGACCAAGAUUCCGCCAAAAUCGCUUAGAUGACAACUCAUCGACAUGGAAAAAUGCAUGGCACAAGAUCAAAACACUUGCUCCGUUUCUGUGGCCAAAAACAGAUAUUCUUCUACAAUUCAGGGUGUUGUUUUGUUUUAUUUUGCUUGCCUCUGGUCGAGUGGUCAACUUGUAUGUUCCAAUAUACAACAAAAAAAUUGUAGACAGUGUUGCGGAAGAACCAGUUACAUUCAGAUGGGAUUUGGUACUCAUAUAUGUUGGAUUCAAGUUCUUACAAGGCGGUGGUACUGGAGGCAUGGGUUUGUUGAAUAAUCUCAGAUCAUUUUUAUGGAUCCAAAUUCAACAGUAUACGACCCGUGAAGUUGAGGUCGAAUUAUUCAGACAUUUGCACAGCUUGAGCUUACGUUGGCAUUUGGGUAGAAAAACUGGAGAAGUUUUAAGAAUUAUGGAUCGUGGAACAGAUUCUAUUAACAACCUAUUGAACUACAUUCUUUUUUCAAUUGUACCGACUAUUGUUGAUAUUGUAAUAGCUAUUGUAUUUUUCAUAAGCACAUUUAAUAAGUGGUUCGGUAUAAUUGUUUUUGUAACUAUGACGUUAUAUAUUGCUGCAACAAUUGGUGUGACGGAAUGGCGAACAAAGUUUCAACGUCGAAUGAACCUUGCUGAUAAUGCUCAGAAGGCGCGUAGUGUCGACAGUUUGUUGAAUUUUGAAACUGUCAAAUAUUAUGGUGCAGAAUCUUACGAAGUAAAGAGCUACAGAGAAGCUAUCUUGAAAUUUCAAACUGAAGAAUGGAAGUCCAUGAUAACUUUAAACAUUUUGAACACAAUACAGAACGUUAUUAUCUGCGGUGGCUUACUCGCAGGUUCCUUACUCUGUUUGCACAUGGUUGUUACUAAUGACGGAUUGACUAUUGGUGAUUACGUGCUCUUUGCUAGUUACAUUAUACAAUUGUAUGUUCCUUUGAAUUGGUUCGGUACCUACUAUCGAGCAAUUCAAAAGAACUUUGUAGACAUGGAAAAUAUGUUUGAACUUCUGAGAGAAGAACAAGAGAUCAUUGAUGCGCCCGGUGCUGGACCUUUGGUUAUUAAGCGAGGCGGAGUGGAAUUUUCAAACGUGUCAUUCGGAUAUACACCUGAAAGGGUUGUUCUACGAAAUAUAAGCUUUGUAGCUCCACCUGGUAAAACCAUAGCAUUCGUUGGACCAUCUGGAGCAGGAAAAUCAACAAUUAUGCGAUUACUGUUCAGAUUCUAUGAUGUAGAACAAGGAGCUGUUAUAGUUGAUGGACAAAAUGUCAAAACUGUUCGACAAGAUACAUUGAGAAGUGCCAUAGGUGUUGUGCCGCAGGACACUGUAUUGUUCAAUAACACUAUCAAGUAUAACAUUCAGUAUGGAAAAAUUGAAGCACCAGAAGCUGAUGUCAUUGCAGCAGCUAAGAAUGCAGAUAUUCAUGAAAGAAUUCUAAGUUUCCCUGAUGCAUACGAAACAAUGGUUGGCGAGAGAGGAUUGCGAUUGAGUGGCGGUGAAAAACAACGUGUUGCAAUUGCUCGAACAAUUUUAAAAUCACCUACGAUUGUUCUCCUCGAUGAAGCUACCAGUGCUUUGGACACACAGACAGAGCGUACAAUUCAAGCAGCAUUAAAUCGCGUCUGUGCAAAUCGUACAACCAUUAUAAUUGCUCAUAGAUUAUCAACUAUAAUUCAUGCAGACGAAAUUUUAGUUUUGAAAGAUGGGGAAAUCAUUGAAAGGGGUAAACACAACGAAUUAAUUUCGUACGGCGGAGUGUAUCACAACAUGUGGCAAGCGCAACUACAAAACAAUCAGAACGGUGAAGUUGCUGUAGAAAAUGGUGAUAUAGAUGACGAUGAUAAAAAGGCAUCCUAGAUCCAAUAGAUCAAAAUUGAUGACAUAACUUGUACGCAUGUACAUGUACUAUGUGUAUAUUUGUACAAGUAGAUAAUUAUGUCAUGCCUAUGUAUACGUAUUUAUCUUAGAGCUUAAUAUAGUAUACUCAAGAAACA